UCAGAAGCGCGCUGGACGAGCUCGGAUCUGCGCCCCCCAAACGUGCCGAACCAUACGAUGGACCGGUUGAAGGAUCGGUUCGAUCGGCACGUGGGAUCCUGACCGGUUGUGGUGUGCGAGUGUCAACGAGUGACUAUAGUUUUUGACAAUUUAUCCGUGAGUGAGUGUGUGUGUGUGUGUGUGUCGAAGAGCUUGGGGGUAGGUACAUUGACCUGAUAAAAAAAAAUCAAGCGGUGAAAGCAUGCACCCCAUGGCGCGCGUAACUUUGGGACGGUCCUACAGUUGAGCGGCUCGAUAGAUAGAUACACCAGGUCGACACGAGAGCUUUUCAAGGCAUCUACUGCUGACAUAUCCUAACUUUGGAUCGUGGACGAUCGGGAGGGUUAACGAUCCGGAUGAGCAGGCAGCAGCAGCAGAAGUUUGGCGGCCUGAUGUCCCGGUCAUCGUCAUGACGUCGAAUGCGAUCAGGGGCAUACGCCGGAAAAAGAGCUCCCUCAGCGAGAUCAAGGUGGCGGUGAUCGGCGCCCCCGGCGUUGGCAAGAGCGCCUUAACGGUCAGAUUUUUAACGAGACGAUACAUCGGCGAAUACGAUCAUCAGUCAGAGAACAAGUACAAGCACGAGGUACUCGUAGACGGAGAGCCGAUACUAUUCGAGAUUCUGGACACGUGUCCCAAGAGUGUCGACGAGCUACCGUCUAUAGAAACACUGCAAUGGGCUGACGGAUUGCUGUUGGUCUACUCGAUUACGGAACGAAGCUCCUUCAAGUUCAUAAGGAAAGUGAAACAGGCAUUGGCAGUCGCUGAUCCGGAAGGUUCGAUGCUUCUCGCACUUGUUGGCAAUAAAGUCGACAUGAUUCAUUUACGACAGAUCAAUACAGAGGAGGGCGAAAUUUUGGCCAAAGAAAUGGAUUGCUGGUUCUGCGAGAUUUCGGCUGCCGAGCAGAUCGACCAAGUCGGAGACUCUUUUCACGAGCUGUGUCGCGAGGUUUUAGCAGCGAAGCGCAGAAACAAGCAGUCGUUACUAGAUAGAAUGCUCGGCAGCAAAUCGACGAAGGUUUAUUCCAGAGGGAAAAGCGACUCUGCAUUGCCAAAGGACUAAUUUCUACAUUUGCGCGUUUAUUAAGAUUGUUUUUCUAGAUUUAACGAACAUUAGUUCAAUUUUUUUUUUUUUAUACACGCAUAUGUAAACAACGCAACCCUGAUGGACAA